GGCGGGCCGUGCCGGAAGCAGACGUGUGUUUCGGGAGGAAGGGGAAGCCAUGGCGGCGGCCGAGGCCGAGUGGGAGCCGGCGGGGCUGCUGCCCGCUCGGGGGGGCGGUCUGGACUGGGAGGCUGUGCUGGGCGAGGAGCUGAGCGAGCUGCUGGGCGCCGCGGCCCCCAAGGACGAGCCCGAGGACAAUGAUCUCUAUAACUUUCAUUUUGACUUGGAUUUGAUGUCUUGGGAUUCAGACCUUUGGAAUAUUACAGGCCAUGCAUAYGCAGAUGCAGACGUGAAGACAGAACCUUUGUCACCAGCUGCUUCCAGCUGUUCGGUCCCUUCGCCAUCAUCUGUGGACUCUCCAGUGCAGAAUGUGCCUGAUGAUAUGGACUUCAGCUGUAGCUCCCAGAUGUCUCCCAUCUCYCUCUAUGGCAAAAGCUGCAAAAGCCCUCCAUCUCCUGAAAGUGAUGGAGACAAGAAGCCUCCUGUGAACAUCUCUUCUCGAUCUGCAAAUAAUUCUGCAAAGAACCUGAAGAGGUGUGGUCAGACAGUGUCCAGGCCUUUGAUACAGCCCAAACCCCUUUUGCCUGCUGUGCCUGAAGCUCAGGCUAACAUUGGCAUCCCAGCUAAAACCAUCAUUAUUCAGACUCUUCCCACGCUUGUGCCACUGCCAAAGAAYCAGCCUGUUGUUAAUAUCCAGCCAGCACCUCCUAAAGGUCAAUCCGUGGUGCUCCCCCAGCCCGCUGUGGURCAGCUCCAGGCUUCUGGGGUGCUUCCUGCCUCCCAGCCAGUCAUUGCUGUCACUGGAGGAGCCACACCACUUCAGAACCACACGGUGAAUGCACUGCCUCCAGCUGCUGCAAACGGCUCAACCAACAGCAAAAUCCUGGUGACAAAGCCCUUGCUUCAAAGCACCACCCCAGCUGUUGGGCUGGAUGUCAAUGUCUUGAGGCGGCAGCAGCGCAUGAUCAAAAACCGUGAGUCAGCCUUUCAGUCACGCAAGAAAAAGAAGGAAUACAUGUUGGGACUGGAGGCCAGGCUGGAGGCAGCCUUGCUGGAGAAUGAGAAACUCAAGAAAGAAAACAGCACRCUGAAGAGGCAGCUGGAUGAAGUGGUAUUAGAGAACCAGAAGCUCAAAGUGUCAUCUCCAAAGAGAAGGACUCUGUGUGUGAUGGUGAUACUGGCCUUUAUCAUGUUGAAUUAUGGUCCGUUGAGUGUAUUUGAAAAGGAUCCCAAUGGAGUUGAUUCCACUGUGAGUUCUAACCACCGGACCAGAAAUCUCCUGGAGUUCUCGGCUGGUCAGGAGUCCAACACAGCUCAGAAAAUACCUGAGGGCAUCAUUCCUGAGAAGAGUGAUAGGUAUGACCAUUCUGUAUCUGAUAACAAAGCACUAAUGAUAGUCUCAGAAGAACCACUGUUAUAUAUUUCACCACCGCCGCCCCCCUGCCGGCCUCUGAUCAACCGGACAGAGUCACUGAGGCUGACCCACGAGCUGCGAGGAUGGGUUCACAGGCACGAGGUGGAGCGAACGAGGUCGCGAAGGCUGUCCAACAGCCAGCAGCAGAAAGCUCGAGUCACACAG